GGAAGUGGCCGUCAUUCGCUCUUUUCGUUGCGCGCGCCCCUCCCAUCCGUUUUCCUUUCGAGUCGCUCGCAAUGACUGGCGAACGGAGUAACGGCACGGAAGACGUAUGCAGCAGCAGCAUCCCAGCUCGAGCCGUGAGAAGAGAUUGCAGCGUUCGUUUCCGCAUCUCAUUCCAGCACCCGAAGUGUUUCAGGAUAUUAAAAACCAACCAACAAACCCUCUGCAUGCCGAGCAUCGCGUGCUGUCAUUGAUAGGUUUCGCUGUAAAUAUCCCAUCGCGCGUUUAAUUUGCCUGUGCGGUUAACCGAGAGCAAAAAUGUUGGAUCCGUCGUCCAGCGAGGAAGAAUCAGACGGGAUAGUGGAAGAGGAAAGCAGAGAGGUGAUGGCACCUCAGUCCGGGUCCACUCGCAUCUCCCCCAGCAGGACCAGCGAGAGCUCGGAUAGGCUCCAACCGACCAGCCGAGGCUCCAGCGCGCGCCCGUCCAGCCCGAGCCCGUCGGCCGCCAGCGAGCAUGAGAAGGAGGACGUGGAAAAACUGCAUAGGGAAGAAGAGGAACGGAAAAAGAAGCUGCAACUCUAUGUGUUUGUGAUGCGAUGCGUCGCCUAUCCCUUCAACGCCAAGCAGCCGACCGACAUGGCCAGGCGACAGCUGAAGAUCACCAAGCAGCAGUUGCAGACCACUAAGGACCGCUUUGAGUCUUUCCUCAAAGGAGACACACAGAUUGUGGCGGAUGAAGCCUUCAUCAAUGCAGUUCAGAGCUACUAUGAGGUUUUUCUAAAGAGCGACCGCGUGGCUAAAAUGGUCCAAACAGGAGGUUUGUCCGCUCUGGACUGCCGCGAGGUGUUCAAGCGCCACAUCGAGAAACGUGUCAGGAGCCUGCCGGAAAUCGACGGUCUGAGCAAGGAGACGGUUCUGAGCUCCUGGAUGGCUAAGUUUGACACCAUCUACCGUGGGGAUGAGGAUCCACGCAAGGCGCAGCAGCGCAUGACGGCCAGUGCCGCGUCCGAGCUCAUCCUGAGCAAAGACCAGCUCUACGAAAUGUUCCAGCAGAUCCUUGGGAUCAAGAAGUUUGAGCACCAGCUUCUGUACCAGGCCUGUCAGUUGGAUAAUCUGGACGAGCAAGCAGCUCAGAUCAGGAGAGAACUGGAUGGCCGCCUGCAGAUGGCUGAUCAGAUUGCUCGGGCUGGCAAAUUUCCCAAGUUUGUGUCGAAGGAGAUGGAGGCUAUGUAUAUCGAAGAGCUGAAGAGCUCGGUCAACCAGCUCAUGGCAAACCUUGAGAGCAUGCCGGUCUCAAAGGGAGGAGAAUUCAAACUGCAGAAGCUAAAGAGGGGACACAACACCUCCAUCAUUGAUAUGGGUCAGGAAGAUGAAAACCAGCUGUCCAAGUCUGAUGUUGUGCUGUCUUUCACACUUGAGGUGGUGAUUAUGGAAGUUCAGGGUUUGAAGUCCCUGGCUCCCAACCGCAUCGUGUACUGCACAAUGGAAGUGGAGGGUGGAGAGAAGCUACAGACGGACCAGGCUGAGGCUUCCAAACCAACCUGGGGAACACAAGGAGACUUCACCACCACACACCCUCUGCCAGCAGUCAAAGUCAAGCUCUUCACUGAGAGCACAGGAGUGCUGGCCCUGGAGGACAAGGAGCUCGGCAGGGUUGUCCUUCACCCAACUCCAAACAGCCCAAAACAGGCAGAGCUACAUAAGAUGACCGUGACCAAGGCUUGCCCUGAUCAAGAUCUAAAGAUCAAACUCGCCGUCCGCAUGGAUAAGCCGCAGAACAUGAAGGCUUGUGGGUAUUUAUGGGCUGUUGGCAAAAAUGUUUGGAAACGCUGGAAGAAACGCUUCUUUGUUCUGGUACAGGUAAGUCAGUACACCUUUGCCAUGUGCAGCUAUCGGGAGAAGAAGUCUGAACCACAGGAGCUGCUGCAGCUGGAUGGCUAUACUGUGGACUACACUGACCCACAGCCAGGUCUAGAUGGAGGCCGGGCAUUCUUCAACGCAGUGAAGGAGGGCGAUACUGUGAUCUUUGCCAGCGAUGAUGAGCAAGAUCGCAUCUUAUGGGUACAGGCCAUGUAUCGAGCAACUGGCCAAUCACACAAACCCGUCCCGCCCACCCAAGUCCAGAAACUGAAUUCUAAGGGCGGAGCUUCAGCACAGAUGGACGCCCCCAUCUCUCAGUUCUCUGGACUCAAGGAUGCUGACAGAGCACAGAAGCAUGGCAUGGAUGAGUUUAUCUCCGCUAACCCAUGUAGCUUUGAUCAUGCCUCCUUGUUUGAGAUGGUGCAGAGGCUCACACUGGACCACAGGCUAAAUGACAACUUUGCAUGUUUGGGAUGGUUUAGCCCAGGUCAGGUGUUUGUCCUGGAUGAAUACUGCGCUCGGAAUGGGGUGAGAGGGUGCCACAGACAUCUGUGUUACCUUGGUGACCUGCUGGAGAGGGCGGACACAGGGCACAUGGUCGACCCGACGCUGCUCCACUACAGCUUUGCAUUUUGUGCCUCCCAUGUUCAUGGCAACAGGCCUGAUGGUCUCGGAACCGUAACAGUGGAAGAAAAGGAACGGUUCGAGGAAAUCAAAGAGCGAUUACGUGUUCUUCUGGAAAAUCAGAUCACAAACUUUAGGUAUUGCUUUCCGUUCGGUCGCCCUGAGGGAGCUUUGAAAGCCACUCUGUCUUUGCUGGAGAGGGUGCUCAUGAAGGACAUUGUGACCCCGGUGCCGCAGGAGGAAGUUAAAGGUGUCAUUCGUAAAUGCUUGGAGCAGGCAGCUCAGAUCAACUAUACGCGCAUCACUGAGUAUGCCAGAGUGGAAGGAAAAAAGAGGGAAAUGUAUGAUCACCCUGUCUACUCCUUGGCUACACAAGUGAUGGAUUUAACCAUCCUUGAGAAAACACUAAAGGAUCAAAAGGAUCCAGAGAAUGUAGCAAACCUAGCUACACCAGCCAAAAAACUGGAGCAUGUCAUCCGGCUGGCAGAGUUAGUCAUUGAGGUUCUACAGCAGAACCAGGAUCAUCACGCCGAGGCAGCGGUCACAAGUUCAGGAGACCAGUCGGCCUUUGCAUGGUGGUCAGACCUGAUGGUGGAACAUGCUGAGAACUUCUUGUCUCUCUAUGGUGUUGACAUGGAUGCUGCCCUUGAGAUUCAGUCUCCUGAAAGCUGGGACAGUUUUCCGCUCUUUCAGCUUCUAAAUGAUUUCCUCCGUGCUGACUAUCACCUGUGUAACGGAAAGUUUCACAAGCAUCUGCAGGACCUGUACGCCCCUCUUGUGGUCCGAUAUGUGGAUCUCAUGGAGUCCUCCAUUGCUCAGUCCAUUCACAGGGGUUUCGAGCGAGAAUCAUGGGAGCCUGUUAAGAGUUUAACAAGUAAUCUGCCCAAUGUGAAUCUACCAAAUGUGAACCUCCAAAUUCCCAAAGUACCAAAUCUUCCCGUGCCAGUAGCAGGACUAUCUGUUAACCUUCCGCAAAUGCCUAGCUUUUCCACUCCGUCCUGGAUGGCUGCUAUUUAUGACUCUGACAAUGGCUCGGGAACAUCAGAAGAUCUGUUCUGGAAGUUGGAUGCCCUCCAGACCUUCAUCAGAGACCUUCACUGGCCAGAAGAAGAAUUUGCCAAACACCUGGACAACCGCAUGAAGAACAUGUCGAGCGACAUGAUCGAAACCAGCGUUAAACGCACCAGGGGAGCAUUUGAAUCUAAGCUGGCCAAAAGCAGCCGUUCAACAGACUUCCGCAUCCCACUGUCCUUAUGCACCAUGUUUAAUGUGAUGGUGGACGCCAAGGACCAGUCUGCUAAACUGUGUGCCAUGGAAUUGGGCCAGGAGAAACAGUACCAUUCUCAUAUCGAUGAGCUCAUUGAAGAGAGUGUAAAAGACAUGAUUUCCCUUUUGGUGGCAAAGUUUGUUGCGAUUUUGGAGAGCGUACUUGCCAAGAUCUCCAGGUAUGAUGAGGGAACUCUCUUCUCGUCCUUUCUUUCCUUCACGGUCAAAGCAGCAUCGAAGUAUGUGGAUGUCCCUAAACCUGGAAUGGAUGUUGCCGAUGGCUAUGUGACCUUUGUCCGUCACUCUCAGGACAUUCUGAGAGAUAAGGUCAAUGAGGAGGUGUAUAUAGAGAGGUUAUUUGAUCAAUGGUAUACAGCUACUAUGAACCUGCUGGCGACCUGGCUGACCGAACGCAUGGACCAACAGCUUCAUGUCUAUCAACUUAAAAUCCUCAUCAGGAUUGUAAAGAAGAAAUACCGCGAUUUUAGGCUGCAAGGUGUUCUCGACUCUACACUGAACAGCAAGUCGUACGACACGGUACGAAACCGGCUCACCCUGGAGGAAGCCACCGCCUCUGUCAGAGAGGGAGGCAUGCAGGGCAUCUCGAUGAAGGACAGCGACGAAGAGGACGAGGAGGACGAUUAGAGCAUCGAGCCAUCCGGUGCCACCCACCGCUCCGAACCCGACCUGUCUAUCCAUCCCUACCCCACCCCAACACUUUAAACUUAGCCUGAUAAUGUAAGAUGCAUGUAACAAGUUUCAUUACCCAGUUAGCCACUCUAGGACUUGCCCCCAUCAGCUCGAAUUGCCCACGGACAAAGCCGAAAAACAAUAAAAAUCUAAUAAUUGUACCGAGUAAAAAGAAAGUCUCGAAGAUCACGAUUGGCAAUUUUAGCUGUGUCAUAAUAAAUAAUAAAGAACAACAAACUAGCACCGAUUUUCGAACUCAUUCGUUUGAGAAAUUUGUUUCUAUGUGUUCCUAAGCAAUAUGGAGUACCAUUUGUUUAAUAAUGUCGAGUGAGAUUAUUAGAUGUGUCCCUGUCCAAUGCGAUAACAUAUAUGGCGCUUCUUUGACGUACUCUUACAUACAUUAAUAAUACAUUGUUGUGAAGAUGAGUGUAUGGACCCUUAUCUUGUCUUGUCUGUUUUUAAAGUGGAUGCCAACUGCUUCGAAACUAAAAAUGAACCUCUGUAUUUAAGUUUGAAACUGUUAACUGUAAAUGUCUUCUGUGUCUGCACACUUUCAUUGUAUGUUUUUUCCUUAUUCGUGUCGAGGCUCUUUGACCCUAUGUUGCAAAUAACCGACUAGGCAUCGUCUCACAGGCAUCUCAAAAUGAAAAUGAAUUGGUGUUCUAGAAAUGCAAUAUCCUCAUACCUCCAUGUUAAUAUCUUGUUGGAGACGUCUUUUAAGUAGAUGUCAGAAAUGACAACUAAACUAUAUUUUUGGUUUGGUUUGACUUUUACAGAAUCUCUCUUUAAGUUUGUAAGUCCGGUUAAAGCCAUUCUGCUUAUGUUCAUAGAUUUGUUGAGAUUGCUACGUGCCAUUUUUUCGGGGUCUCACUAUUGUUUUGUAUAUAUGAUGCUGUACAUUGCAUUCUGAGCCAUCGCUGCAUGCCUGUGGGAUCCACCUUCUCCAAAAGCAUUUUGUUUUUCUGUGUCAAUUAGCUGGUGGAUUCAUCCUUGCGUUUGCCUUAUCAAAGCCAACAGUUGUAAUAUGCAAGAGCUGUGGCCUCUCAAUAAAGAUAACAUGAUGUACUGAUAAACCAGCGG